UACGCCCUGAAGCGAAGCCGCUGGUGGUGGCCAACACCCUCCCAAAGAAUAGGGCUUCUUUGCUGGAGUGCUGCACCAGCCUCCCCUUCGGCACCGCAGCUGCAUCUCAUGCCAGCGAUCAGUCCCCAGUAACAGCGGCCUCCGUCCCCCAGGUUGUAGCAGUUGAUCCAGCCGGCAGGAGGCCCUAUGCAGACCGGCGGUGACGAUGCGGCAGCGCAAAAUGGCGCGCCCCCCGGCGGUGCCUCCGUAGGCGGCAAGAGCCUGUCCCAGAAGCUGGGCGGCAGCCUCAGCUUUCUCAAGCGCACCAAGAGCACCGGCAGCUCACGGGCCGAAAAGCUGCGCAAGGACAUCGACUUUACGGAGCACACCUGGCCCGAAGACAAGCUGUAUGCGUACUACGGCGCGACACCCGAGGGCGGCCUCACAGGCGCGCAGGUGCUGCAGAACCGGCAGAAGUUCGGGUCCAAUAUGCUGACGCCGCCGGCCACCACCCCCUGGUGGAUCAAGUACCUGAUGUGCUACGCGGAUGUGUUCAUGAUCCUGCUGCUUGUGGGUGGCGUGCUGUGCUUUGUGGCCUUCUCCAUCGACCAGAGCGACCUUACCAACCUGUACCUCGGAGUGGUGCUGUUCCUUGUGGUCUUCCUCUCGGCCACCUUUGGCUACUAUCAAGAGGCCAAGGCGGCAGGGGUGAUGGAAGGGUUCAAGAAGCUAGUGCCCAAAAAGUGCAAGGUGCUGCGCGAUGGGCAUGUGUCGAUCCUGGACGCCCAGGAGCUGGUUCCAGGCGAUGUGGUGGAGAUGAAUGACGGCGACCAGGUGCCCGCCGACAUUCGUGUGCUGUUUGCCAACGACCUGAAGGUGGACAAUUCCUGCCUCACCGGCGAAUCGGAGCCGGUGGAGAGGUAUCCCGAGCUCGCACGCGACUCCAACGGCAAGCUCAUCACGGUGCCCCUGGAGGCCGCCAACCUCUGCUUCUUCACCACAAUCGUCACCAGCGGCUCCGGUCGCGGCAUGGUCAUCGGCACUGGUGACAGGACUGUGAUGGGCCAGAUCGCAGGGCUGGCGGCGGAGAGCAGCGGUGAGAGCCAGACGCAGUUCCAGCGCGAGGUGGCCACGUUCAUCAAGAUCAUCUCCGUCCUCGCCAUCACCAUCGGCAUCACCUUUGUCCUCAUCGGCGUGUUUGUGGCCAAGGCCUCGGUGAUUGAAAUGAUUGUGUUUGCCAUCGGUAUCAUCGUGGGAACUGUGCCGGAGGGCCUGCUCGUCACGCUCACCGUCUCGCUGUCGCUGUCGGCCAGGAACAUGUAUGCCAGAAAUGUGCUGGUGAAGGGCAUGCCAUCGGUGGAGAACCUGGGCAGCACCACCGUGAUUGCUUCUGACAAAACCGGCACCUUGACUCAGAACCGCAUGACCGUCCAGCAUGCCUGGUACAAUGGCGUGUUGGUGUCUGUCCCUGCGGCCCGAAACAAGCCACAGCUCACGGCAUGCAUGCGUCCAGGCGUGCUCAAGGGCGCAGUCUACAACCCGCAGGACCCCACCUGGCAGAAGCUGCAGAUGGUUGCCACCCUGUGCAACAACUCCCGCUUUGUCGUGGUGGAGAAGGAGGAAGAGGGCAAAGAGACUAGGCCGCCACUGGACCUAGCCAAGGAGGUGCAGAACCCCGAUUUCAACCUGCUGGGCCUCACCUGCACCGGCGACGCCUCGGAGAGCGGCCUCAUCAAGUGCGUGGAGCUGCUGCGCUCUGUGGAGGAAUACCACAAGGCCAACCCGAAGAUCCAUGAGAUUAAGUUCAACUCCACCAACAAGUGGCAGCUGACCAUCCACCGCCCCGAGGACCCCACGGCGGAGCACCCCAUCCUGACACUCAAGGGCGCACCGGAGCGCGUGCUGCGCAUGUGCACCCACAUCAUGGUUGAUGGCGAGAGCGUGCCCAUGGAUGCCAACUGGCAGGCCAAGUACAACGAGGCCUACGAGGCGCUGGGCGCCAUGGGCGAGCGUGUGCUGGGCUUUGCCUACAGGGAGAUGACCGAUGUGGCGCUGGAUUACCCCUUCACUAACAAGCCGGAGCCCAAUUUCGAGUUCAAGAACCUGACCUUUGUGGGCCUGAUGUCGCUGAUCGACCCGCCGCGCGAGGGUGUGAAGGAGGCGGUGGAGAAGUGCAAGCGUGCCCGCAUCAAGGUGUACAUGGUUACCGGCGACCACCCCAUCACCGCACAGGCAAUUGCCAAGCAGAUUGGCAUCAUCGACGAGGACAUGUAUGCGGCCGGCAGAGCCAUCGUGGUCAAGGGCGACGACAUCCGCGACUGGAUGGACAUUGAGGACCCGGUGGCACGCCAGGCCAAGUGGGACUGGGCGCUGGACCACGAGCAGAUUGUCUUUGCUCGCGUGUCCCCUGCCCACAAGCUGCUCAUCGUGGAGAACUGCCAGCGCAGGGGCGAGAACGUGGCGGUGACUGGCGAUGGCGUGAAUGAUGCGCCGGCGCUGAAGAAGGCCAACACAGGACUGGCCAUGGGCAUCUCGGGCAAAGAUGUGUCCAAGGAGGCAGCUGACAUGAUCCUGAUGGACGACAACUUUGCCUCCAUCGUUGCUGGCAUCGAGGAGGGGCGCGUGAUUUUCGACAACCUGAAGAAAUCCAUUGCCUACACCCUAGCCUCCAAGUUCCCUGAGCAGAUCCCCUUCCUGCUCUACGUGGCCAUCAACUUCCCGCUGGCCAUCUCCACCAUCCUGAUCCUGACCAUCGACCUGGGCUGCGACAUGUUCCCCGCCAUCUCCCUGGCCUACGAGCCGAAGGAGGCUGACAUCAUGCAGCGGCCGCCACGCAACCCAGCUGUGGAGCGCCUGGUGUCGCGGCGCCUCAUCUCCUUCUCCUACUUCCAAAUCGGCAUCAUGCAGACCUGCGCUGGCUUCCUGGCCUUCAUGGCGGUGCUCAACGACUACGGCUACAACUGGGACACGCUGCUGGGGCUGGGCAUCAACUGGCCCAACUUCCCCAUGAUCUGCACCGUGGGCACCAACAGCUGGGGCAUCAACAGCAAGACAUGUGGCUUUGGUUGCGAGGAGCCGCCGGAGACGUUCAACGGGCAGACGACACUGUAUGGGCAGGCCAAGGACCGCGGCGACGAUUACCUCUUCUGCGAGACCGGCUGCCAAAUCCCCUUCAACGGCACUGCCGACGCCUUUGUCGAGUUCUCCGAGUUUGGGUUCCGCGGUUUCCCCACCGGCAACCAGCUUUCAGACUCCAUCCAGGCCGUGUGCGGCCGCACUUGCAGCUGGUGGCGCAGCCUGGGGACCAAAACGGACUUCUUGAUUGAGCAGAACAACAUCUUCCGGGCCCGCGUUGCGGCAGGCGUGGUGGAUGUGAACAAUCCCUUUGGAUACUCCCCGGAUGCCCAGUAUGCGCUCAUCCUCAGCGCAGCGGAGAACACGCAAUUUGAGCAGUACUGCAGCCAGGCCAACGGCGAUCAAUACGGCUUCCCUGGCCGUGGCCUCGUCAACUCGGAUGUGGACAGGGCACCGCAGGGCGGAUGGUGGUGGUGGAAUGGCCUGCCCCAGUACUGGCCCAACCUGAACAACCAGCAGAACGUGCUGCUGAUGGCGCAGUCGGCCUACUUUCUGGGAGUCGUGGUCGCGCGCUGGGCUGAUCUGCUGGUGUGCAAGACCCGCAAGGAGUCCAUCUUCAACCAGGGCAUGCGCAACAACGUUCUCAACUGGGCGCUGCUGUUCGAGACCUUCGUAGCCUCGGCCGUCGUCUACAUUCCCCCGCUGAACACUGUCUUCAACACGCGACCCCCACCCGUCAUGUAUGUGUGCUGCGGCCUGCCCUUCUUCUUUUGCAUCUUCAUCUACGACGAGCUGCGCAAGCUGCGCAUGCGCCAGAAGCCCAAGGGCUGGGUAGAGACCAACACAUACUGGUAACCCGUCCGGGUGGCCCUGCGACGUUCCCCGGUCAAGGCGAUGCCUGGGAGAUUUCGCGGGACGGCCAGGUUGCCCAUUAUUCUUCACAUCUGACAUCUGAUCUUUGAGGAUGCCGAGUGGCCAAGCCUGCAACUUCCUUUGCUUCCAGGCUGGCUUCCUCUACACGCUCAACAUGUUGUGUCUUCGGAACUCAGAAUGCCAUCCUUCGCUGUCCUGCAUUUUCCUUUGAUGGCCUUUCCCAUUGUUUCCUGCUUGCUCUCUUGUGCUGAAUGCUGGCCUGGGCCACUUUUGUAAGCAGCACACGGUUACUGCCACAUGUAAAUGACGAGG